AUGGCUAUAUGGCAUUACUCCAUCUCACUUGACAUUCCUGCAACUGCAAUCAUGCUAAAGUUCAGAAUUGGAGGUGAUUCUUUUUAUGGUCGAAUUUUGGAUAUUGACCUGAAGAUACCUCCAAGACCUCCUGGAUACGCUUUCGUUGAGUUUGAGGACCUACGUGACGCUGAUGACGCAAUUUAUGGGCGUGAUGGGUAUAACUUUGAUGACUACAGGUUGCGGGUUGAAUUAGCUCAUGGUGGAAGAGGUCAGUCUUACUCUUAUGAUCGUUCUAGCAGCUAUAGCAGCACACGCCGUGGAGGUGUUUCUAGGCGCUCUGAUUACCGUGUUAUGAUCACGGGUUUACCUUCAUCAGUAUCGUGGCAAGAUCUGAAGGACCACAUGCGGCGCGCUGGUGAUGUUUGUUUCUCUGAUGUAUACCGUGAGGCCGGAGAAACUAUUGGAAUUGUGGAUUAUACAAACUAUGAAGACAUGAAAUAUGCGAUCAGGAAGCUUGAUGACUCACUGUUCAGGAAUGCAUUUUCUAGGGCGUAUAUCAGAUUGAGGGAGUAUGAUGCUAGAUCACGAAGCAGAAGCCGUAGCCGCUCAUACUCGAGAAGCCCCGGUUACAGCAGGAGCAGGAGUCCGAAAUCUGUUUCUCGGUCACCAUCACCUGUGGAUGAAAGAUCGCUAUCAAGAUCCCGAUCCCCUGUCUCUUCUCCUUCUCGUGGAAGAUCUGCAAGCAGAAGCCCGAGGAGCAGAUGUGCAUCCCGUUCUCGUUCUCCUGUGAGAUCUGAUUGAGCUAGGGAACCCUUGAGGUGGUGAGCAACUAUAACCAGAGAGAGAAGGGACUUGAGAACAUGCACUACCAUCACAAUGGUCUGAAUGAUUCUGUCGUUGCCACUGCACCCCCUCAUUUGGGAGGUUUCAUCUUAUUUAGUAUUCAAUAAUUACAUUAUAUUGCUAAAGAGAGCCUUAUUAUGCCUACCGUAGUGGUGUAAACUGAACUUUUGUGUACUGGGUUCCUGGCACUCAGUUUUCAUCCACUCUCUGGUAGCCUGUUUUACAUCUGACACUUUUACGCCUCUUUCAAUUGGUCGCUUGUAAGCAUAGUUGAGUGGUCCCUGUACUCGGUUAUUUGGUUGCUGUGUCCUGAGAUAUUAUUAGAAUGCUUUGUACUCAUUUAUUUGGUUUCUGUGUGCUA